AUGGAUCUACCAUUUGACACUAGUCAAAGAUUUGUAUAUGAAUCGGUUAUAAUUAUUCAAUUUCUUCAUUUGCUGUUGUGUGCCGACGCAAUCGGUUUAUUCAAUGCCUUACUCAUAAAUCUGAUAUUGCAUAUAGGCGGUCAAAUCGAUAUUCUUCGUGAGAGUUUGAUGGGAAUUUUUCCGAAGAAAGAGAAAGACAGUUCGAGUCAUUUUAUGGUAAAAGAAGUAAUCAAGGAACAUCAGAAAAUCAUUAUCUUUUCAGAGCAUAUCGAAGAUCUGUAUUCAUAUAUUGCGAUGGUGCUCUUUGUAUCUGAUACUCUGAUUAUUUGCUGCUUAGGUUUUACAAUUGUCGCGUCAAUCGGUCGACCCGACGUCUUGAAAAAUAUAAUUAGGAUUCUCUUAUUUUACCUUGUCAUGAAUAUGGAAGCAUUCGUAUUUUGUUUUGCUGGAGAAUACUUAAGCGCUAAGAGUAAAAGCAUCGGAGAUGCUGCCUACGCUUCCCUUUGGUACGAAUCAGGUUCUAGAACCAAUCGAAUUAUAUUAACAUUCAAUAACAUAUUAACUAUCAUGGCGAUUGACUGGGAAAAGCGUUCCAGUACAAAAUUCAGUAUAUUUGCGACAUACAAUGCUAAACUGUCAGAACGCUUCGUUAACAUGACGGUGAUUCUUUAUUCGACAGCUGUAAUUCUUUUUAGCACCAAGAUCUUUGUAAAACACAUGGAUGGCAAUGCUUCCAAUGUUUCCACACUGUUGCUCAUUGUAGAGAUGGAUCUGCCAUUUGACACUAAUCAAAGAUUUGUAUAUGGAUCUGUCAUAAUUAUCCAAUUUCUUCAUUUAUUGCUGUGUUCCAUCGUUAUGGGUUUAUUCAAUGCUUUACUCAUAAAUCUGAUAUUGCAUAUAGGCGGUCAAAUCGAUAUUCUGCGUGAGAAUUUGAAGGGAAUUGUUCCGAAGAAAGACAAGGACAGCUCGAGUCAUUUCACGGUAAAUGAAGUAAUAAAAAAACAUCAGAAAAUCAUUACCUUCUUAGAACAUAUUGAACGUCUGUAUUCGUAUAUCGCGAUGGUACUCUUCGUAUCGGAUACACUAAUUAUCUGCUGCUUAGGUUCUACAAUUGUCGCGUCCAUCGGUAGACCUGACGUUUUAAAAAAUAUAAUUAGUGUUCUUUUAUAUUACUUCGUCAUGAAUAUGGAAGCAUUUGUAUUUUGCUUUGCUGGAGAAUACUUGAGCGCUAAGAGUAAAAGCAUCGGAGAUGCUGCCUACGCUUCCCUCUGGUACGAAUCAGAUUAUAGAACCAAUCGAAUUAUAUUGUUUUUGAUAAUGAGGUCGCAAAAUGAGUUAACAAUUACAGUUGGAAAGAUAAUGACUUUAUCCUUGGAACGAUUUACUAGUAUUAUAAAAACUUCAGCGUCCUUUAUAUCCAUCCUACUUACGAUGGGUUGA